AUGCUCGCCAAGUCCGCUGUCAUCCUGGCUGUUGCCAACCUCGCUGCCUCGCACGCUACUUUCCAGAGCUUCGUCCUUAACAACAAGGACAUGGGUUCUGGCUUUGCUGUUCAGGAGCCGUCCAACGGCAACAACCCCAUCCUCGAUGUCACCUCCACUGCCAUGAUUUGCAAUGGUGGUAAGGCCACCUCUGACUAUGUAGAGGUUGCUGGUGGCUCCACCAUUGGCAUGCAGUGGCACCACAACAAGGGCCCUAACCCCAGCGACAAGGACGAACCCAUUGCUCCCUCUCACCGUGGUCCCGUCAUGGUGUACAUGGCUCCCGCCGAAAGCAACGGUGUCGGCGCCGUCUGGACCAAGAUCUGGGAGGAUGGCUACAAGGACGGCAAGUUCGGUGUUGACAGGUUCUACGACAACAAGGGUUUGGUCUCGGUCAAGCUUCCCAACCUGAAGCCUGGCAAGUACUGGGUCCGCCCCGAGAUUAUUGCUCUCCACGAGGCUUCCGCUGUCGGCAAGGCCCAGUUCUACAAUGGAUGCGGUCAGAUCACCGUUACUGGCGACGGAACUGUUUCCCUCCCUGCAGCUGGUGUCGACAUGACCAAGGCUUACAAGGCCACUGACCCUGGUGUCAAGUUCGACAUCUACAACUCCUUCACCUCGUACCCUAUCCCUGGUCCCCAGGUCUUUAACGCUGCCUCUUCCGGCAGCGCUCCUUCCACCACUCCUUCCACCACUCCUUCCAACGGCUCCGCUCCUUCCCCCUCGCCAUCUCCCGUCGAGACUGCUCAGCCUACCCCCUCCAAGCCUGCUGAGAACACCACCCCCUCAACUGGCAACAACGGCUCUACCCUCCCCAAGACCUUCACCAUCAACCAGUUCAUCCAGUGGCUCCAGACCACCGCUGGCUCCGCCUCCUCCAAGGCUCGCCGCCAUGCUCGCGCUUUCAACUAA